GGAGGGAGGUGGCGACGGCGGCAUGGCGAGCCUCCCGAGGGCCGACCUGGCCGCUGCAGGAGUUGUGUUGCUUUGCCACUUUUUAAUGGACGGGUUUCAGUUCGCGGAAGGGAAGCCCGGAAACCAAGUCCAUGAUUGGCAGUAUGAUGUUGCUCAGGCCCUGCCUCAGACAGCAGGGGACGUGGCUGUGGAUUUACACUCAUACAGCCACAGGUGGAAAAGGAACUUGGACUCUCUCAAGGCAGUAGAUUCAAACAGAGCAAGCAUGGGCCAAGACUCUGCAGAGCCACGAGGCUUUGCGGACCUGUUACUGGACGACGGUCAGGACAACAACACGCAGAUUGAGGAGGACACAGAUCACAAUUACUACAUAUCUCGGAUGUAUGGUCCAUCUGAUUCUGCCAGCCGGGAUUUGUGGGUGAACAUAGACCAAAUGGAAAAAGAUAAAGUGAAGAUUCAUGGAAUCCUGUCCAAUACUCAUCGGCAAGCUGCGAGAGUGAAUCUGUCCUUCGAUUUUCCAUUUUAUGGCCAUUUCCUACGUGAAAUCACUGUGGCAACUGGAGGUUUCAUAUACACUGGAGAAGUUGUGCAUCGAAUGCUCACAGCGACACAGUACAUAGCACCUUUAAUGGCAAAUUUUGAUCCCAGUGUAUCCAGAAAUUCAACAGUCAGAUAUUUUGAUAAUGGCACAGCCCUUGUUGUCCAGUGGGACCAUGUACAUCUCCAGGAUAAUUACAACUUGGGAAGCUUCACGUUCCAGGCAACCCUCCUCAUGGAUGGACGCAUCAUCUUUGGAUACAAAGAAAUUCCUGUCUUGGUCACACAGAUAAGUUCGACCAACCACCCUGUGAAAGUGGGGCUGUCUGACGCAUUUGUCGUGGUCCACAGGAUCCAGCAAAUUCCUAAUGUUCGAAGAAGAACAAUUUAUGAAUACCACCGAGUAGAGCUACAAAUGUCCAAAAUUACCAACAUUUCGGCUGUGGAGAUGACCCCCUUGCCUACAUGUCUGCAGUUUAAUGGCUGUGGUCCCUGCGUAUCCUCUCAGAUCGGCUUCAACUGCAGCUGGUGUAGUAAACUUCAAAGAUGUUCCAGUGGAUUUGAUCGCCACCGGCAGGACUGGGUGGACAGUGGAUGUCCUGAAGAGUCAAAAGAGAAGAUGUGUGAGAAUACAGAGCCACUGGAAACUUCUUCUCAAACCACCACAACCAUUCCAGCAACAACCACACACUUCAGGGUUUUAACCACGACCAGAAGAUCAGCAACAUCCCAGCCGCCCACCAGCCUCCCCACAGAAGAUGAUACCAAGAUAGCACUACACCUGAAAGAUAAUGGAGCGUCCACAGACGACAGUGCGGCCGAGAAGAAAGGGGGUUCCCUCCACGCUGGCCUCAUCGUGGGGAUUCUCAUCCUGGUCCUCAUCAUAGCCGCAGCCAUCCUUGUGACAGUCUAUAUGUAUCACCACCCGACAUCGGCAGCCAGCAUCUUCUUCAUCGAGAGACGCCCAAGCAGAUGGCCUGCAAUGAAAUUUCGAAGAGGUUCUGGACAUCCUGCUUAUGCUGAAGUUGAACCAGUUGGAGAGAAAGAAGGUUUUAUUGUAUCAGAGCAGUGCUAAAAUCUGUAGGACAGAACAGCACCAGUACUGGUUUACAGGUGUUCAGACUAAAAUUUUGCCUAUACCUUUAAGACAAACAGACAAACACACAUACACAAAGGAGCCCUAAGCUGCAGUAUCCUGAAGGAGACAAGAUUUCUGGACAAGCCCUGCCCAAGAAGGGUAAAAGAAAAACUAGAAGUUAUACAAGAUACCAUUUACACUGAACAUAGAAUUCCCUAGUGGAACAAUUAAUACCUAUAGUUCACUCAGAACAUCCGGUGUGGACCUAUCUGAAGUUAUGAAAAGAUUAUAAUGCUUUUGGCUGAGGUGCAGGGUUGCAAAGGGAUCAAGAAAAAAUAAUAAUAAAGCUUUAGUUCACGCAAGGGAUCUAAACCUUUGGUUCAAAUGUUCUUCUCUGAUGUCUCAAAGGUAACUGUGUUCCAAAGCCUGAACUCUUUUACUCAAAAGAGCAAUGAUGAAUGUUUCAAGAUUGCUGAGAAAAAAAUGCAUAGGAACAGAAACAAACACAGAAUAAGAGAUUUUCUAUCUUUUC